AUGGAUGAAUCCAUUCAAAAGUUAGAAGCCCAUGCGGCGUCAGUGGCCUCGAUGCACACGCCUGAGGGCAACCUGGCUACUGAAAACGAAAUUCAAGAACUGCGCCAUGUGUCAGCACAUCUUCCACUGAGAGUCUGGCUGGUGGCGAUCAUCGGAAUGGCUGAGCGAUUUUCUUACUAUGGAACGCAGACUCUUUUUCAAAACUAUCUUCAGAAUAGCCCGAACGAUUUAGUCCCAGGCGCAAUGGGGUUGGGCAAAUCUCGGGCGACUACGGUCAACCUGGCGUUCACUGUGCUAGUGAAUAUCCUCCCACUGCCAACCUCUGUCCUCGUCGAUGGAUGGCUAGGCCGAUACAAAGCUCUUCAGAUAUUCACAGGUAUAUAUGCCGCGGGUUCGGCCAUCCUUUUCGCGACCUCUUUUCCUUCCGAAAUGGCGGCCGGGAUCGCGACUCCUGGCUUCGGAGUCGGGGCUUUCCUCAUUGCAGUUGGGCUAGGGGGAGUACAAUCUUCCAUCCAACCAUUCAUCGCGGAGCAGUACACCGAUCACGAAAUGCGUAUCAGAGUCACUAAACAGGGCGAAAGGGUCGUAGAGGACCGCGAAGUCACAAUCCAGUAUAUCUAUAAUCUGUACUACUGGAUGGUCAAUGUCGGCUCCCUAGGAAGCAUCGCCACCACACUCAUGGAGAAAUAUAUUGGGUUUUGGUCGGCAUAUCUGCUGGAUCUCGGUGCAAUAUUCUUAUGCGCUAUUACCGUCCAAAUGGUGAAAACAAAAUUUGUCCAAUCCCCUGUCCAAGGCUCUCGGCUACCUCAUGCCGCCUUUUGUUUAUGGUGUGCUGCCCAAGGAGGAUUCAAGCUCGAUGCCGCUCUGCCGCAAAAUCAACUAGAAGUGUAUCAUCGAGUCGUCCCAUGGAACGAUGAUUUUGUUGAUGAGCUCCGAGAUGCCCUUUCGGCUUUUAAGAUCUGCAUUGGAUGGCCGAUAUUCUGGAUUUGCAUGGGCGAAGGCGCCCAAGUGUCCAUCUCUCAGGCCGGGCAAAUGGAAACCCACGGUAUUCCUAACGAUCUGAUCAAAUCAGCUAACCCGCUGGCCUAUGUUAUUUUCGGAUUCAUCAUUCAGAAACAUCUAUAUCCGUUCUUACAAAAACAUAAGAUUCCUUUCAGUAUAGUGAACCGCAUCACUCUUGGAUUCGUUAUCAUGUCAGUGGCUAUGGCGUACUCGGCCGUAGUGCAGGACAUGAUCUACCGUGCGGGCCCCUGCUAUUCAUACCCUCUUGUAUGCGAGGAAUCUGAGGGUGGACAGGUCCCGAACCGCGUCCAUGUGCUGCUGCAGCUCCCCACCUUCAUCAUCAUCGCCCUAGCCGAAGUGUUCUGUUGGCCGACAGGCUCCGAGUAUACAUACUCCCAUGCUCCCAAGAGCAUGAAAUCAAUACUUCAGGCGUGUUAUAUCGGAACCGCGGGGCUAGGAUAUCUAUUAGGGAUGGCACUGUCCCCCCUCGCCAAAGACCCUUUGCUGGUCAUUCUGUGGUCAGUAGUUGCUGGGCUGAUGUUUUUCACGGCUUGUGCCUUCCGCAUUGCAUUUCGCAAUUACUAG